UCCCGUGAGCUCCAUAUUGCUCCCAAAUUAUCCAGAGAGAUGAACAAAAAAAGAACACACUUCGCAAACAAUCUCCACAGAGGAAGAAGACAUCGAGAUUUUCCGAGAGGCACGUUCAUGCCGCUUCCAUAUAGACGUGUGUACGGACGACAGAGCCGACUGGAGAGUGAGAGAAAGUGGUCCAAUGAUAGGCCUACUUUACAUGCUCAACAGAUCCGGCCUUAUAAUCAGCAAGAAUUGCCAACAAACAGAGGUCAUGGCUCGAAUGUCAAGACACUUUUGAAUAUAAUUAUAAAGGAUCUGCAGCCCUUAAGUGCUGUGACGAGACAUCAUCUCACAAGGACUCUGCAAUCCUCUUUAGAUCUUCAGUUAAGUGCCUCGUGGCUCCGAAAUGAACUACAGAGCCUUUACGGGCAUGAGAGGGUGGAAGUACAGAAUGCAGUCAAUGAUGCAAGUAACCUCGCGCUCUCAGCUGAGUUGUGGAGCUCCAGUGAGAAGGUGUUUUACCUGACAGUAUCCUGUCACCUAAUCAGCGAAAACUGGAAGCUGAAAUCGUAUGUGCUAGAUACAGCUCAUUUACUCACCAAGCACACAGCAGAGAACGCAGCAGAGCACCUUUUGAGAAUUUCGAACGAGUGGAACGUCACAGAAAAGACCCAGAUUGUGGUCACAAAUGUUGAUGGCAUAAAGAAGGCCCAUACCAAUGGAUGCAGAUGGACCUAUAUACCUUGUUUUGCUUAUACCCUGGAUAAAGUUUUCAGAGAAACCAUACUGAGAACCGACUGCGAAUCUCUACUCAGGAAAUGUCAGCAAAUAGUUGCAUUUUUCCACCAAAACUACAAAGCCUCACAAAAUCUCCAGGAGUAUUGUGCUUCUCUCGAUCUCCAGCGAAGUGAACUGACUCAAUCCUGUGGUCUAAAGUGGCUUCCUACUCUUCAUAUGCUGAAGAACAUCUCAGAGCAGUGGAAAGCCAUUUUUAAGGUUUUUGUCAACAGACGAGUGGAUGAUCUUUGCCUGAAUGAGAAUGAAAGAAAAAUAAUUGGAAACAUCGUGGCAGUGCUGGACAUUAUGAAGGACGUCACAGAGGAAGUCUUAAGUCGAGGGUUCAGUCCCAUCUCAAACAUCAUACCGCUUGUGCAAAAGCUGCAGAAGAGGCUGAGAAACCAAUCGGUGGUGGAGAAUGGAAUAGCAAAGAAACUGUCAGAAAUGUGUGACUUUCAUAUCGGCAACAUCAAACAAAACAUUUGGUUUAGAGUUAGCACAGCACUGGACCCGCGAUACAGCCAGCGAUUCCAAACCAGCGUUCUGCAGGACUCUGGCAUUGAAGACAUCACAGCAGAAAUCAGGAAACAGAUCAGGGGAGAUCCACACACUGCAGUGCACUGCAGUCAUGACACUGAAAGCGAAGAGUCAGUCUUUCAGAAGUACUGGAAAACAACAAGCAUUUCAGUGAAUGCACUUGAAUUCUGGAAGACCAAUGAAGAGUUUAAAAAACUUGCAACAGUGGCCCGCAAGUACCUCACAGUGGUCUCCACUGCCAUUCCAGUGGAGCGUGUGCACCAGCUGCAAGAAUCACGGCUUGUUGACAGGAGAAACUGUCUGGAGCCAGAAAAUGUCAAUAUGAUCCUGUUUUUGAACAGCAACCAAUGAAGAAAACGCAUUAUGUGAUCAAUGGGACCCCUCACUGGAUAUGAUUAUUUCAGAUUUACAUCCACAUACCAAAGUUGAAGAGCUUGAAUUGUAUGAAUGAAAGGUUUCAAUAUCUACCAACAUCUGCUGAUAUACUUUUAACGCUUCAACAAUUGUAUUUCAAAGCAACACAAACAUGUGCAAAAAGGUCUAGAAAGUGUAGAUUGUAGACUGUUGCACUGUCUUCUGUAGUGUGGAACACCACAGCAGAUAAAACCUAUAUGACAGCUACCUGUCACCUGAUUGAAAACACAUGACUGCUGGGUCCAUGUGUUAUCAAUCAGGUGACAGGUAGCUGUCAUAUAGGUUUUAUCUGCUGUGGUGUUCCACACUACAGAAGACAGUGCAACAGUAUAGCAGAUAAAUGGCAAAUUGGAAGCAAGAUUAAAGUGGUAGUGACGAAUGAAGAUGGGAUCAAGAGAGACAUCAAAAAAGCAGGAUGGGAUCUCAUACCCUGCUUCGCCAACACACUGGAUGUGGUCUUCAAGGAGAUGCUCGAGGCAUCUUCUGACUGGAAAGAGCUGGUGCAAAGAUGUUGUAAAAUAUCAGAGUAUUUUUCUAAUGUUGAAGCAGAAGGUCACCUCAAGAGGGCACAAAAAAGUUGUGGUUAAGGCAACAUAACCUGGCUGAGACUAAGGGUGAUAAAUGGCUUUCUAAGCUAAAUAUGCUAGAAAGAAUCUCAGAGCAGCAUGAAGCUAUACGCCAAGUGCUAAUUGAAUUUGACGUUGACUUAUUGUUAAGCAUGAAAAUAAAAACAAAGACAAUAUCACCCCUCAAGGCAUUCCAGGAUGUCAUAUCACCAGCAAAACGAUACCACUCACUGUCAUUAUACAUUAUACCACAGGUGGAAGCCAUACGGAAGAAGCUAAAUGAGUUGCAACAGAGCGGAAAUGAGUUUGCAAAAGGAAUUAGCACAUCGUUUGAAUCAUCACUUCAGUAGAGCCAAGGAAAACGACUGGCUGACAUUGAGCACCAUACUUGACCUGAGAUAGAGACAUCACUCUCUUUGAGAAGGAGACUUUCACACGCAUUAGGAAAAGGAUCAUUGCUGAAAUGGAACACCUGAAUGAAGAGAAUCAAGGGAGAAGUUUCCGACAGCCGGACAGUUUUGAUAUGACUCUGAAGAGAUACUUGGAAAAGAAAAUGUUGCAGAUUGGAUGGGAUCCUCUUGCAUUUUGGAAAUUUCCGAAAAAUGAAGACUAGUACCGGAGUGAGGUUGCAUGCAAAUACCUGGCUGUUGUGUCUACCACGGUCCCGGCUGACAUUGCCUUUGACAUGGAGAAAGCCAGACUCGUGGCCAGUCAAAGAAGCAGCUUGGAUCCAGAACAUCUAAAUAUGAUGCUUUUUCUAAAUGCCAACUGUUUCCUUCACUCUUAACUCAUUAUUUAACAGAGGGGGAAAUGAUCAUAGCCUGUUUGUUGUGAAAGAUGAACAGUCACAAAACAUUACCUAUUAGCUAUUAUUAUUAUGCUACCAGCACAUCAGUUAAUAUUUUAAGGGGUAUAGUGGUUAAUUAAGGUUAUAUAUUUAGCUAUUUUGAUUAGGAACUAUUUACUUUGUAGUUUCAAUAGUCAAUAAUCAAUCAGUGACAAUAUGCACAAUACAAAUAUUAUUAAUCGGGCUUUGUCUGCACUUUUUCAGUAGG